AGAGAGAGACAGAGAGAGAGAGAGAGAGACAGAGAGAGAGAGAGAGAGAGAGAGAGAGAUAUAGAGAGUGCGAUGAAGAGAGAGUGGGAGAGAGCAAAAGAGAGAGACAGAGAGAAAGAGGCGGAGAGAGCAUGAGAGAGAAGAGACUGGGAGACAGAGGCAAAGAGAGAGUGAGAGAGAGAGAAAGAAAGAAAAAGAAAUAGAGCGAGAGAGAGAGAAAGAGCAGGGAGAGAGCUAGAGAAGGGAGAGAGCGAGAGAAAGAGAAGGGAGAGAGAAAGAGUGGGGAGAGAGUGAGAGCGAGAGCGAGUGAGACGCUGACACUGAGAGAGACGCACCCUGUAAAAGAGGCAGAGUCAACAGCUACAGCAACAGAGCUCCCGUUCUCUCUCACACACAGACAGAGAACCAGACCCAUUCCAGGGGAGACGGUGAGCACACACCCCCACUGAGGAGCACCGUCUCUUGGGAGGAGAUCCCACACCCCGCCCCUCCUCCGUCUGUGUGUUUUUGCAAAAAAACUGGAAGAGAGACAUAGAAGAGAGUGAAGGAAGGAGGGAUGAGUGGCUUGUUUGCCACAGCUGCUGAUGCUAGAGGCUGAGAUCGAGGGACGCUGACGAAGAGAGAGAGAAAAAGGGAUCUGAAGACCAGAGGAUUGGAGGAGAGGAAGACUGGCACGUGUAGAGCUUCUCAAACAUAUGGACAGAGACAAGAGAGGGACAGUGUCGGGGAACACACACACACACACAUCACACGCACAAACAUCACACACACACAGGCACCGAUGAGGAGGGAACAGGGACCACGCUUCAGUCCUGGGUGUGUGGUAAACUGACCCGGCCUGUGAUAGGCUAGGAGUCAGCACUGACCCAGCCUGUGAUAGGCUAGGAGUCAGAUCAGGACCACCAGGGCCAUGACUGGCUCCCCGGGCAUCAGUGGGCAGUCCCUGUCACCAUGGCGGUGGCUGAGUCGCUGGGGGCCGGGCCUGCUGCUGGUUACCAUGACAACCCUACUGCCAGGUUGUUGCCAGGCAUGCCCUCCACGGUGCGAGUGCUCGGCCCAAAUCCGGUCCGUCUUGUGCCAGCGGCGGCGGCUCACCGGCAUCCCAGAGGGCAUCCCCACAGAAACUCGCCUCCUGGACCUCAGCCGGAACCGUCUCCGCUGGGUGGAGAUGGGUGACCUGGCGCCGUAUCCGCACCUUGAAGAAGUGGACCUGAGUGAGAACCUCAUUGCCACACUGGAGCCCAACGCGUUCGCCAACCUGCAGAGCCUCCGGGUGUUACGGCUGAGGGCGAACCAGUUGAAACUUGUACCCAUGGGGGCCUUCGCCAAGCUGGUCAACCUGACCACACUGGACCUGAGUGAGAACAAGCUGGUGAUUCUGUUGGACUACACCUUCCAGGACCUGAGGAGUCUAAGACACCUGGAGGUGGGAGACAAUGACCUGGUCUACAUCUCUCAUGAGGCCUUCUCUGGCCUGCUAGGGGUGGAGGAUCUGACCAUUGAACGUUGCAACCUGACUUCCAUCUCUGGCCAGACGCUGUCCUACCUACGCAGCCUGGUCACUUUGCGACUACGCCAGCUCAGCAUCCCCGUCCUGGAGGACCAUAACUUCCGUAAGCUGGCCAACCUCCGGGGGCUGGAGAUCGACAACUGGCCUUACCUGGAAUACAUCUCCCCCCUGAGCUUCCAGGGUCUGGACCUGUACUGGCUGUCCAUCACCAACAGCAACAUCACCUCCGUCCCCUCGUCCUCCUUCAGAAACCUGAUCCACCUCACCCAUCUCAACCUGUCCUACAACCCCAUCACCACCCUGGAGCCUUGGGCCUUCAGGGACCUGCUGAGGCUCAAAGAGCUGAUCAUGGUGAACACGGGCCUGGCUACGGUGGAGCCCCACUCCCUGGGAGGCCUCAGACAGAUCCGGGUCCUCAACUUCUCCUCCAAUGACCUCCAGACUCUGGAGGAGGGAUCGUUCCACUCUGUCAACAGCCUGGAGACGCUGCGGGUGGAUGGGAACCCACUGCUGUGUGACUGCCGUUUGUUGUGGAUCCUGCAGAGACGCAAGACCCUCAACUUUGACGGCAGGGUGCCUGUGUGCGCUGGGCCGGUGGAGGUGCAGGGGAACAGCCUCAGCACCUUCACCGACUCAGCGCUCUUUGAUCACUUCACCUGCCAGAAGCCCAAGAUACGAAACCGCAAGCUUCAACAGGUGACAGCUCGUGAGGGCCAGCCAGUGAGUUUCCUCUGCAGUGCCGUGGGAGAGCCCGCCCCCAACAUCAUGUGGAUCUCCCCUCAGCGCCGACUAAUCACAGCCAAGAGCAAUGGUCGCAUCACCGUCCUCCCAGGAGGGACGUUGGAGAUCCGCUAUGCUCAGGUCACCGACAGCGGCACCUACAUGUGCAUCGCCAGCAAUGCCGGGGGUAAUGACACUUACUUUGCGAUGCUCACGGUUCGGGGCGCGCCGCUGGAUGCCUCGUCGGCCUUCUUCGCCAACCGCUCGAUGUAUGGCGGCGAGUUCUUCAACGACACAAACCUGAAUAGCACUCGCGUCUUCCUCAAGUUCACCCUGGACCUGACCACCAUACUGGUCUCCACAGCGAUGGGCUGCAUCACCUUCCUGGGCGUGGUGCUUUUCUGUUUCUUGUUGUUGUUUGCAUGGAGCCGGGGGCGGGGCCAGCGUAAGAACAACUUCACCGUCGAGACCCCUUUCCGGAAGGCCGAGGGACCGGCGGCGGUGGGUGGCGCCGGAGGUGCCCGGAAAUUCAACAUGAAGAUGAUAUGAUACCAUGCAGCCAGGGGUCACUCGGGGGCAUAAGCACAUCCUGGAAACGGGUUUAACAAGACACACACAGCGCUGAAUCGCAGAGUAAAGAAAGAAAGAAAAAUAAAAUGCAUACAGUAUUCACACAUGGCUGGUAUUCACCAGGACCAGAUUCGGUUUGAGUGGAAAAACAUGAUGACCUUUGACCUCACGGCCUCCUACUGGUUUUACUCAGCUCGUGGUACAACGUUCCGUUUAUAUUUCGAACAAAUAUAACAUUGUCAUUGACCAGGUUCCCAUCCAACCCGUUUAUACGAGUAAAGUACAUGUCGGAUAAAAUACGUCAUACCAGGCCUGGAAACAUUUGUUGGUUUCAAACUUUCCAAAUGUCGACAAAGAUAAAUAAAUACGCGAUGACAUGAUGUGUGGUCCUCCCAGUACUACUCGUCAGGAAAGAACGCAGUUUAUUAGGCUACAGAUUCAAUUCAUUAUAAAUGAUGAUGAACUUCACAGGGUGGUGAAAGUACAAGGUGAUGAGCUUGAUACUCCUUUCCAUUAAAUAUUGAGGGUCUUAUUCUGGUCACAUGAUGAUCGAUGCUUGGCUGCUGUUUGACAAAUACAAAUAAUCUCACUCUUUCGUCCAUAAUAAUCUCAUCAUGUAGGCUAUACCCACAUUGUAUCUGCGAGCUGUUGGCUAGACAGCAAGAACCAAUUGACGCUAUAUAACGCAAAUUUUUCAGGAUGAGAAAACCAUCAUUAGAGUUACAAAUGCGAUGGAAAACAUGGGAAUUUAACUGCAAACGUUGUUUUUAUGUGCGCUACUUCAUCACGCACAGCUUUUUAUCCUCAACAAGUACAUUUGAUGGAAACACCUGGUGAGAAAAUGCACAUAUUGUUUUUAUGCAGAUCUUAGAAUAUUCGCUUGAAAAUCUGUCGCCAAUUGGAUGUAAACCUAGCUACUGAGCUUGAUAAGGGGAGGUCAACUAGAUCACUAAAGGUGUAUUUUGGAGAGAAAAAAUAUAACAUUACCAUUUAGCUUGAUAAGAAUUAUAGAAGUUAAGAAUUUCGUGUGAUCUCUUAUUGGGUGAUUACUGUGCUGUGGAAUGAUCAUAGUUAUGCGUCUCUCCCAGAACGUGGAAAGGACUUCCUGGAAGCUAUGCACUUGUAGUGGUCAUUGCACACAGGGCAUAGUUCUGACUAGGGGGAGUACAGCCAUGAUGGUUAGUUAUGGUUAGAUAAAGUUAGUCUAAGUUAUGGUUAGAUAAAACGCUCUCCUAAUCUGCUAUAAAAAGUUAUUUCUGGUUGUAUCUGUAGGCCCAUUCAUCAUAGCCCAUGGAGAGACACGGCUAUCAACUAAUCACAGAAUUUCUUGUCUUGCUUUCUUAAAUUCUGCCUUUCUGAGAAAUAUUGCAAUAGCAUGUAAGUAUUGCAAUUUAGAGUAUCUUGUAUAGUAAUAAGAUUACAAUAUUGAAUAAAAACAAGCCAUUUUUGUAAGACAUUUGGGAUAUGAUUUCAAUUGUCACAUUUAUAAGACACCAUCAAGGCCCCUCCAGAUAAACACAUGAAACCUAUUUCAAUCAUUUGACCUAAUAACAUUUAUGGGGGAAAAAAUAUCAGAAGACACUUUGGCCGAUCUGUUUUUGAAUACCACAUCAUAUACACAUCAAAAUAAAGUAUAUUCUGAAAAUUUAAA